AUGCAGAGCGCGCGCGUUAACGAUGGGAAUAUGGAGCAAAGUUGGCCGGAGAAGAGGACGACGAUCAGAUUCCGCGCGAGUACGUCAACUGGCAAGUCCAAAACUCAUGUGUCAUGCGACUACGACGACAGGCAUGUGGAGAGCUUCGAUCCGCCGCACUGUAGGCCGCAAUUAUCCGACGGCCAGGAUGCGCAAAAGACGAGGAAGCCACGGGUAUCGUUGAUGCAGUUUUUGAGGACAGAAUUAACGAGAGGUUAUCAGCUGGAGCAUGAUGAGGAGAGAUUCUCCGCGAGAAGGGAGAAGGUUUACUCCUUCAUGAAAAUACCUAGGGAGGUAGAAAACUUUAUGGCAUAUGGAUUUCUUCAGUGUGCCGACUCCUUCUUAUUUGUGUACACAUUUUUACCAUUAAGAUUUGCAAUGGCUUUAUGGGCAGUAAUUACAAGGCCUUUAAGACACUAUUUAAGGAAUGAGAAAGAUCAUGCCAAGAGUGCAGAAAAGUACCUGCAUCCUGCUGAAGUAUGCGACUUGCUAAAAGGAAUUGUUGUGGUUGGUUGCUGUGCGGCAACCUGGAAGGUGGACACUUCCAUGAUGUAUCAUUUAGUUAAGAGUCAAUCGGUUAUAAAGUUGUAUAUAUUUUAUAACAUGUUAGAAGUAGCAGAUCGUCUUUUCAGCGCUUUUGGUCAGGACACUAUAGACGCCUUGCUUUGGACCGCUACUGAGCCACGAUCGCGUUCGAAUUCUAGCCGUACGAAACCUUUUGGUACAUUGCCGCAUCUUCUGUUUGCCGUCCUUUAUGUGUUUUUACAUAGUAUUUUGGUAUUAUGUCAAGCGACGACGUUAAAUGUAGCAAUCAACAGCAGUAAUAAGGCUCUUCUCACAAUUAUGAUGUCCAACAACUUUGUAGAACUAAAAGGUUCCGUCUUCAAAAAGUUUGACAAGAAUAACCUGUUUCAAUUGGCUUGUGCCGACGUCAGAGAAAGAUUCCACCUGCUUAUGUUACUUCUCGCAGUGAGUCUACAAACGAUGAAGGAAUACGCAUGGCAUAGCGAUCGUCUUGCUGUCCUGGUACCCGAUUGCGUGAUUCUAUUGUUGGCGGAAGUUGUCGUUGAUUGGUUGAAACACGCAUUCAUUACACGUUUCAACGAGUUGCCUUCGACCCUCUACAAGGAUUAUACCGUAAGUCUGGCUUACGACAUGGCGCAGACACGUCGAGAGACAGCGUUCUCGGAUCCAUCGGACUUGGUCGCGCGACGAAUGGGCUUCAUACCUCUUCCUCUGGGAGUCGCCAUAGCUCGCGUAUUGUGUACGACCGUGACCCCGUCCGUGAGACCCGCUAACAUCAUACUUUUAUUAUUAGCUUACCUCAUACUGGUAUCCCUUCGGAUAUUGAACAGUUUAAUUAUUCUCGGGAAGGCGUGUGACAUAAUAUCGUCGCACGCGCAACCCGGCAAAGACGACUUUCCCGCGAAGUCUCCGUCUAAGAAUCGUGCCAAUAGUGUCGACAUGAAGAAUCCAAAUCUGGGCACGGCUAUCUUCUCGAAUAGCGCUGUCAGUUUAAACAACGUCUGUUUAAAUGAAGCGUUUCUGAAGCCAGAAGAGAUGCAAAAGAGUGAAAAAUUACAGUGUAAUUUCGACGAGCUUACGACAAACGUCACGAAAACUGUGCUAAGGACAGGAAGCGAACCUCUUCUUCCGCAAUGACAAAUCUUAUUAGCACAAUUGAUAAAUUUUUUUUAUUUAUAAAUUGUACAUAUUUUGUUGUACAUAUACACGUGCACUGGUACUAAUAAUAAGCGCUUUUUUGCAAUGAUAUUUACAUAAGGUGUUUAUGUAAGAAUAAUAAAUUUGGUUACCAUUA